CGAAAAGCAAAGCUCUUCCCGCCGGUUCCCCCUCUUUCCUUUCUUCACUCAUUCUGGAGCGACGGCGAACAAACCCCCGAAUCCCGAACUUUCCCCUCUGCUGCCUUCUGUCGCCCCGCCAUGGAGAUAAACGAUGGCGAAGAAGAGGAGGAGUUCGAGUUCUCUCGGAAUUACUUUUUGGCGAAAGAGUUGGGCGGCUCCAGUAAGAAAUCCGGCCGCAAGAUCUCCGAUAUUGAUCCCGUCGACGAGCAGGAGCUAAGAACGGCCGCCAACAACCUUGAGCCGAAACAUGAGAGAGAGGUUGCUUCACUUAUGGAGAGCUACAAGGCUUCGUAUCCUGAGUGGGGUUUCAUGCUCAGGACCGGUUUUGGACUUCUUAUGUAUGGGUUUGGUUCCAAGAAGGCCUUGAUUGAAGAUUUUGCUUCUACCUCAUUAACCGAGUAUUCUGUGGUUGUAAUCAAUGGGUAUGUUCAGUCUAUCAAUCUGAAGCAGGUUAUGGUUGCCAUAGCUGAAGUAUGGUGGGAUCAACUCAAGGCUAAGAGAAGAAACUCUCCUUCUCAAGCUCAACAACCAUUUAACUCUCGAUCUAUUGACGAUCUUCUUGCAUUUAUGGAUGGGCAAGAGGCGGAUGAUGAUAAGUCCUUUGUCUGCAUCAUUGUGAACAAUAUUGAUGGGCCUGGCUUAAGAGAACCCGAAAGUCAGCACCUUCUUGCUCGAAUCGCUUCUUGUACACAUAUCCGCAUCAUUGCCUCUAUUGACCAUGUCAAUGCUCCACUGUUGUGGGAUAAGAAGAUGGUUCACACCCAGUUCAACUGGUACUGGUAUCAUGUCCCUACCUUUGCACCUUACGUGGUUGAAGGAGUGUUCUUCCCUUUGAUACUCGCGCAUAGCAGCACAGCGCAGAGUGCGAAAACAGCUGCAAUAGUUUUGCAGAGUUUGACUCCCAAUGCCCAGAGUGUGUUCAGAGUACUUGCGGAGUAUCAGCUUUCUCAUCCUGACGUAGAAGGCAUGCCGAUUGAAAGCUUGUAUGCAGCCUCGCGAGAGCGGUUCCUCGUGUCAAGCCAGGUUACACUGAACUCUCAUUUGACGGAGUUCAAAGAUCACGAGUUGGUCAGGACUAGAAGGAAUGCUGAUGGUCAAGACUGCGUCUAUAUUCCUCUUGCUAAUGAUGGGUUGCAGAAGCUGCUGCCGGAGAUCAAUCCAUAGCGUUGUUUGCCCUUUCUGUAACAGCCAUGAAGGAUGAUGUUUGUACUCAAUCGUUCCCUGGGUUUUGCUGUUGGAAGUUCUAUUGAAUUGGGGGGGGAGGAAAGAUCUGAGAACACUACUCGAUUAUGUUGUCCACAACUUGUGAACUUAGGUCGGUUGAGUGAGAUGCAUCAUGAAUGAAGAGGUCCAAUUUUGCACUAUGUAACUGCAACAGCCUCAUGGACGUUGCAAUUUUUCUUUUCUUUUUAAGACAUGAGUAAGGAGAUUUCAGUUCCAGUGGAAGAAGAUUUCCCCGCUUAAAUUUUUAAA